AUGUCUGAUCUUACAAGUGGUUCAACAGCUCUUAAUACAUCACAAAGUGCAACAGGUAAUUCUGGUGCUAAUACCAAAGGCAAGAAAACAAAAUCAAAUACGGCUGGUUCAUCAACAAAUAGAAAUAAAAAAUCAAAAGGUCCAAGUAGUCAUCCAAAAUAUUCGGUUAUGAUUAAAAAAGCAUUAACAGAAUUAAAUGAUCGUAAUGGUACAUCAAGAGUAGCUCUAUUAAAAUAUAUUUUAACCAAUUUUAAAGUUAAUCCAUCAACAGCUAAUCAACAUCUUAAAUCAGCAUUACGAGCUGGUACAAAAAAUAAUACAUUAAAACAAACAAAAGGUAUUGGUGCUAGUGGAAGUUUUAAAUUAGCUACGGCAACAAAAAAACCUUCAUCAACAGCUGGCAAGAAAAAGAAAACAACAACAACAACAACAAAAUCAACAUCAACAAAAUCACGUAGUCGAUCAAAAACACCAGGUGGAAGUAAAAAAACAGGUCAAACUAAAACAAAAAAAGCACGAUCAUCAAGUAAAGCUAAAUCAACUGAUGCAGCUAAAAAACGACAACGUUCAGCAUCACCAACUAAAAAAGCAUCAACAAAGAAAGCUACUAAUGUUAAUACAACUGCAACAACAUCGGCUGUUACUGCAACCAAGACAAAGGCUAGUACAGCUGCUACAAGACCUACAUCAGCUCGUACAGCUAAACCUAUAACAAAAGCAUCAACUAAACCAAAGGCUGCAGGUAGUGCUAAAGCUAAAAGUCCAAAGAAGAAAGCAGCAUCACCAAAGAAGAAAGCUGCUGGUGCAUCAAAAGCAAUAGCUAGUACAUCAAGACGAUCUGCUAAAUCAUCAACAGCAACAUCUGCUGCAUCAACAGCACCUGCAACUGCUGCUGCAAAUACGUCUAGCAAUACUGCAACAAAAUCAUCACGUAAGAGUGCAACAACAAAGAAGACAAGAAGUCCAAAAAAAACUGCAGCAAGCAAGAAAUAA